AUGGGCGGUGUCCAGCCCAUUCAUUACGACUCAGAAACUGUUAAGGAGCUUACCCAUGAACUUUUGGUAGCCUCUGGAAUUGGUGCCUUGAGAGGUGCCGCUAUCGGUAUCACUUCCGCACUAUUGUUGCGAAGGUUUUCCACAGUUUACAGAACUGUCAGAACCCAAGUCCGAGUCUUCUACCACAUUUCAUGGAUUUCUAUGGGAGCAGUAUUUUACGCUGACAGACAGCUCAUCAAAUUUCAAAACCGAUACCACGAGAAAGAAGCCAAAAGACGGUCACGAAUUCUAGAUGAAGCUGCUGAUCGAGGGAUAUUCUUAGAGGAAGACGCCGCAGUGACCAGCACCACGUCGUGA